UUGCCACCUGUUCAAUUACAUAUACCCUCCUCACUUCUAUUACAAUUCUAAUUUUUAGCCUCCGAUCAAUCAAAUUAAAUUCUCAGUCAUUCAUUUAUUCUCUAGAUCUAUCUAUCUAUCUAUCGAUCACAUUUAUUACUAAUGGCUUCUUCUGAUGCCGAGAAACUAAACAAUCUCAAAUCUGCUGUCUCCAAUCUCUCUCAGAUCAGUGAUAAUGAGAAAUCUGGAUUCAUCAACCUCGUCUCACGCUAUCUCAGUGGUGAAGCACAACAUGUUGAUUGGAGUAAGAUCCAAACACCAACCGACAAGAUCGUAGUUCCUUAUGAUCGCCUAUCACCUUUAACUGAAGAUGCUGCUCAAACCAAGGCUCUAUUGGAUAAGCUUGUGGUGCUAAAACUUAAUGGUGGUUUGGGGACAACUAUGGGAUGUACUGGUCCAAAGUCCGUCAUAGAAGUCAGAAACGGAUUAACCUUCCUAGACUUGAUUGUCAUUCAACUUGAGUCACUCAACAAGAAAUAUGGUUGUAAUGUACCUUUGCUUCUAAUGAACUCAUUCAACACACAUGAAGAUACUCAGAAGAUCGUGGAAAAGUAUGCUGGUUCAAAGAUCGAGAUUCACACUUUCAAUCAGAGUCAGUAUCCUCGUUUGGUUGUUGAUGAAUUUCUGCCACUGCCAUCGAAAGGGGAAACUGGCAAGGAUGGAUGGUACCCCCCAGGGCAUGGUGAUGUUUUUCCAUCCUUGAUGAACAGUGGGAAACUCGAAGCACUAUUGUCACAGGGCAAGGAAUAUGUUUUCAUUGCCAAUUCUGAUAACUUAGGAGCUGUAGUGGAUUUGAAAAUUUUGAAUCACUUGAUCCAGAACAAGAAUGAGUACUGCAUGGAGGUAACACCCAAAACAUUGGCCGAUGUGAAGGGUGGGACUCUAAUUUCUUACAACGGGAAAGUUCAGCUUCUUGAAAUUGCACAGGUUCCUGAUGAGCAUGUCAAUGAGUUUAAAUCAAUUGAUAAAUUCAAAAUCUUCAACACCAACAACUUGUGGGUUAACUUGAAUGCAAUUAAGAGACUUGUGCAAGCAGAUGCGCUUAAGAUGGAGAUCAUUCCAAAUCCGAAGGAAGUCAAUGGAGUGAAAGUUCUUCAGCUAGAAACAGCUGCCGGUGCUGCAAUUAAGUUCUUUGAUAAUGCAAUUGGCGCUAACGUUCCUCGAUCUCGAUUUCUGCCGGUGAAAGCCAGUUCAGAUUUACUUCUAGUGCAGUCGGAUCUAUACACAGAAACAGAUGGCUAUGUGAUCCGCAACCCAGCUAGGACAGAUCCAGCAAAUCCUACAAUUGAAUUGGGUCCUGAAUUUAAGAAGGUUGGAGACUUUUUGAAGCGCUUCAAGUCCAUCCCCAGCAUUAUUGAGCUUGAUAGCUUGAAGGUUUCUGGUGAUGUAUGGUUUGGAUCUUCUGUUGUUCUUAAGGGUAAAGUGGUGGUUGCUGCAAAGGCUGGAGAGAAGCUGGAAAUUCCAGAUGGAGCCGUAAUUCAAAACAUGGUGAAUUUUAUAUCAAAAGAGGUGCAUGCUGCUGGAGAUAUCUAAAGCGGUUAUGAUUUGUUGUGACAGAGGUUACUUUCAAGUUGGCGGCUUGUUAGUAAUAAUAAUUACGUAUAAGAUAUUUUUGUUAGAAUAAACGUACAAUUUGAUUUUAUCACAUCACAUGUGGCUUUUAAGAGCUUCAGUUAUAAGUUUUGUACACAAAUAUAUGCUCCCAUACCGUAUAUGAAUUGCUUUUCUCGAGUUUCAAGGUAUCUCGGCAACUUUCAUUUAAAAA